UCGUCUUUCAUCCCUCCACUCCUUCGGACUCCAGGAGCUGCCGCAGCCCCGGUCCCCCCCCUGUCUCCUCUCAUCCGGUUUGGGACAUUCUCCGCUCCACGCACACGCAGAUUAACGGGGAUUCUGCCUCCCCGCCCGCGCGCUGAUGCUGAUGUCCUUGAGCUCGGCCUGCACGGUCCUGGUGGUGCAGCAAUAGCUACCUCUGAACUGGAUCCACUUCCUGUCUCUGAUUCAUCAGCCGCCUUUGCCCCGCUCGCCCCUCUCUCCAUCCUUCAAUCAUCCCUCCAUCCCCGUCUGUACGUCUGUCAGCCCGUCUGUCCGUCCGUCCGUCCGUCCAUGGACUGGCCGUGACCCUGGAGGGAGGGGGACAGAAACGAGGAAAGAGCGGAGUCGCAGAGGAGACGAAGGAAAAGAAAGCUGGAUUCAUUCAGAUAUCACGCUUCUGAAGUGCCCCUGCUCGCUGUCCUUGAUCCCCCUCAACCUCCUCCUCCUGUUAUGGAGAAUUAAAGGAGCAGUGGGAGGCUAGGCCGAGAUAGUGAGGAGAAACAAACAAACAACAAACGCCCCUUUGAUGCCCCUAACCUAAAUUUUUUAAAAGGUUUUAAGUGUAUCAACGUAUUAGCAAAUUUUUUACAUGAUCAACCCUCCACCAAACAAACGAAAGUGGAACUGAGUUGAGGACAGGAGAGAAGGGAGGACCAAAACAGACAAAAAACCUUACUGACAUGUCAACAACAGCCACGAUGGGUGAAAUGGCAAACAGUGCUGUGGAGUUUUAUCCCAAAGGGACUCGAGCCGGGAGCGGAGGAGGAGGAAGGGCAGAUGGCAGCCAUGCAGGGGGGGACUUCGGGGUCACGGUGGAGGAGCUCAGGGAGCUGAUGGAGCUCCGAGGGGCCGACGCCCUGCAGAAGAUCCAGGACAGCUACGGAGACACAGAGGGGCUCUGUCAAAGACUACAGUCCAGCACCACUGAUGGUCUCAGUGGGGACCCGGCAGACAUGGAGCGUCGGUACCAAACGUUCGGCCAUAACUUCAUCCCCCCGAAGAAGGCCAAGACUUUCCUGGAGCUCGUGUGGGAGGCCUUACAGGACGUCACUCUCAUCAUCUUGGAGGCCGCUGCCAUCAUCUCCCUCGGCCUCUCUUUCUACCAGCCUCCAGGAGGGGACUCCGAAUCAUGUGGGAACGUGGCGGUGGGAGGAGAGGAUGAAGGCGAGGGCGACACCGGCUGGAUUGAGGGUGCGGCCAUCCUGCUGUCUGUCGUGUGUGUCGUCCUGGUGACGGCGUUUAACGACUGGUCCAAAGAGAAGCAGUUCCGGGGUCUACAGAGUCGGAUUGAACAAGAACAGAAGUUCACUGUCGUGCGGAAAGGAAAUGUCAUCCAGAUCCCCGUGUCUGACAUGGUGGUGGGGGACAUGGCCCAGGUCAAAUACGGGGACCUUCUGCCAGCUGAUGGUAUCUUGGUCCAAGGCAACGACCUGAAGAUAGACGAGAGCUCUCUUACAGGAGAGUCUGACCACGUACGCAAGUCUGUGGAUAAGGACCCCAUGCUGCUCUCAGGUACCCAUGUGAUGGAGGGCUCAGGCAGGAUGCUGGUGACAGCUGUGGGUGUCAACUCGCAGACGGGCAUCAUCUUCACCCUGCUGGGUGCUGGAGAGAUGGAGGAAGAUGGGAAGGAGAAGAAAGGAAAACAACCUGAUGGAGCUGUGGAGAACAAUCAGAACAAAGCCAAGAAGCAGGACGGGGGUGUUGCCAUGGAGAUGCAGCCCCUGAAAAGUGCAGAGGGAGGGGAGGUAGAGGACAGAGAGAAGAAGAAGACCAGCGUUCCCAAGAAAGAGAAGAGUGUGUUGCAGGGCAAGCUCACCAAACUGGCUGUUCAGAUUGGCAAAGCGGGUUUGGUGAUGUCAGCCAUCACCGUCAUCAUUCUGGUGCUGUACUUUGUCAUCAACACGUUUGUCGUUGAAGGUCGCACGUGGUUGACAGAGUGCACUCCGAUUUACGUCCAGUACUUUGUCAAGUUCUUCAUCAUUGGAGUCACUGUGCUGGUAGUGGCUGUCCCAGAGGGCUUACCUCUCGCCGUCACCAUCUCUCUGGCUUACUCCGUCAAGAAAAUGAUGAAGGACAACAACCUUGUGCGCCACCUGGAUGCGUGCGAGACAAUGGGCAACGCCACGGCCAUCUGUUCCGACAAGACCGGAACCCUCACCACCAACCGCAUGACUGUGGUGCAGAGUUUCAUAGGUGAUGUGCACCACCGUGUGGUCCCGGACCCUGGACAGAUAAACCCCCGGACACUGGAUCUAUUAGUCAAUGCUAUCGCCAUCAACAGCGCCUACACCUCCAAGAUCUUACCGCCUGAUGUGGAGGGGGGUCUGGCUAAGCAGGUGGGCAACAAGACUGAGUGUGGGCUGCUGGGAUUUGUAUUAGACCUACAGCGGGACUACGCCCCUGUCAGAGAGCAGGUCCCUGAGGAGAGUCUGUACAAGGUGUACACGUUCAACUCGGUGCGUAAAUCCAUGAGCACAGUGAUCAAGCUGCCUGACGGUUCCUUCCGCCUCUACAGCAAAGGAGCCUCUGAGAUCUUGCUGAAGAAGUGUUCCUACAUCCAAGAUGCAAAUGGAGAACCACGCACUUUCCGCCCACGUGACAGAGAUGAGAUGGUCAAACAGGUGAUUGAACCAAUGGCGUGUGAAGGGUUGAGGACCAUCUGCAUUGCAUACCGUGACCUGCCGUGUAAUCCGGAGCCAGACUGGGAAAACGAGGCAGAAAUAGUGACAGAGCUGACCUGCAUCUCUGUGGUCGGGAUAGAGGACCCUGUGCGACCUGAGGUGCCUGAUGCCAUCCGUAAGUGUCAGCGUGCAGGCAUCACGGUGCGGAUGGUGACUGGUGAUAACAUUAACACAGCCAGGGCCAUUGCUGCUAAAUGUGGCAUCAUCCACCCUGGAGAUGACUUUAUCUGUAUAGAUGGCAAGGAAUUCAACCGACGAAUCAGAAACGAGAAAGGAGAGAUUGAACAGGAACGUAUUGACAAAAUCUGGCCCAAACUUCGCGUGUUGGCUCGAUCCUCACCAACCGACAAACACACACUGGUUAAAGGCAUCAUCGACAGUACCGUCCUAGAGCAGAGGCAGGUCGUUGCAGUAACAGGCGAUGGAACCAAUGACGGACCAGCUUUGAAGAAGGCUGAUGUGGGCUUUGCCAUGGGUAUUGCGGGGACAGACGUGGCGAAAGAGGCGUCUGACAUCAUCCUCACUGAUGACAACUUCAGCAGCAUUGUCAAGGCGGUGAUGUGGGGACGAAAUGUCUACGACAGCAUCUCCAAGUUCCUGCAGUUCCAGCUCACGGUCAACGUAGUGGCUGUCAUAGUGGCCUUCACCGGGGCAUGCAUCACUCAGGACUCUCCUCUGAAGGCCGUGCAGAUGCUGUGGGUGAAUCUGAUCAUGGACACGUUUGCUUCGCUGGCCCUGGCCACCGAGCCCCCCACUGAGGCCCUGUUGCUACGGAAACCCUAUGGUCGGAACAACCCGCUAAUCUCACUGACCAUGAUGAAGAACAUCCUGGGCCAUGGAGUGUACCAGCUGAUCAUUAUCUUCACGCUGCUGUUCAUAGGCGAGCACAUUUUUAACAUCGACAGCGGCCGCAACGCUCCGCUCCACUCCCCUCCCUCUGAGCACUACACCAUCAUCUUCAACACCUUUGUUCUCAUGCAACUUUUCAACGAGAUCAACGCUCGCAAGAUACACGGAGAGAGAAAUGUCUUUGACGGCAUAUUUGCCAACCCCAUCUUCUGCUCCAUCGUUCUGGGGACCUUCGCCGUGCAGAUCGUGAUUGUGCAGUGGGGAGGGAAGCCCUUCAGCUGUGCUCCUCUCAACAUGGAGCAGUGGCUGUGGUGUCUGUUCGUGGGAGUUGGAGAGCUGCUUUGGGGGCAGGUGAUCGCCACGGUGCCAACAGAGCGGCUGCCAUGCCUGAAGGAGGCGGGGCUGGGUCUGGAGCCCGGGGAGGAGGAAGGGGAGGAGAUGGCAGAGGAUGAGGAGGAGAUCGACUGUGCUGAGAGAGAGCUGCGCCGCGGACAGAUCCUCUGGUUCAGAGGCCUCAACCGCAUCCAAACCCAGAUGGAGGUAGUGAGCACGUUCAAGCGAAGCGGUUCGUUUCAGGGAGCGGUGAGACGGCGCUCCUCCGUGCUCAGUCAGCUCCACGACAUGCGAGUGGUGAAAGCAUUCCGUAGUUCGCUGUACGAGGGCCGGGAAAAACCGGAAUCCCGCAACUCCAUCCACAACUUCAUGGCCCACCCGGAGUUCCUCAUCAACGACCUCAUCCACAACAUCCCGCUGAUUGACGACACUGACGUGGACGACGAAUCAGAGCUCAGCAGAUACCAGCACCUGCACCCGGCCCUCCGCAAACCGCCACCCCCUCCCACCCAGCCCCAGCCCCCGGCCCGCACUCGCCCCACCCGCCCUUACCGUCAGUACAGCCUCCCGGUGACCCCGUGCAACCGAAACAACAACAACAACAGCAGCAGCAGCAGCAGCAGCAGCAGCAGCAUCAGUUCAACAGUCACCCACAGCAACGAAAACAGCACCAACCAGGACCGGAGCCCCCAUCACCACCUCCGCCACCAACACCACCAUAACCAUCAUGGCAGGGACAGGCCGAUGAAACCCUCUGCUCCACACCUGGCCCAUCUCUACUGCGUGGAGACGUCCUUAUAACUGAGCUGAACGUGGGUUGGUGGGAGAGGAGAAGGGGAAGGGAGUCUUGGGGAGGGGGAAGAAAGGGGAGCGGAAGAGAGGGCUGAGGACACACAUGACAUUUUCAUCCGUCUCCUUUACAACAAGCUAAGAGGAAGGAGCGAAGGACGAGGGAGGUACAGGAGGGAGUGGACAAUGGCUGGAGACUUCUGCUCGCAACUCCCUGAGAACAUUGCGACUUUCCCUCCCUUUGCCCUUGCGCCAGCUCUCUCAGUCAACCCCCACCCUCCCCAACACCACCACCCCCGCCUCCCCCUCCACCCUCGAACCCACCUCCCCGUCUGACAGCCUACCUGAAGAUCCCGCCCACCCCACCCUGCCUGAACCUCACGCACACUUGUCACACAAACGCACAGGUCUGCUCUCGCUGCGUUGUCCUGAGCGACGGUGGGUUGGGGAGGGAGGGGGACGGACAUCCAAAAAACGACACAUCCCUCAACGCUUCAGCAUUAACAGGGCCAUGUCAGGGCCAGAGGCUGACUCACUCUGUUUCUAUUGGUGUUCAUCAUUAGUGUUGUUGUCAUUACCCUCCUACCUACCUGCCAUGGCACCAUAGUCACUACCACCAUUGUUUAUCUGGCUCGAAUCGAAAGCCACUUUUAAGUCACUACUUUGCUUGCGGUAUAAGUAAAACGCUUUGUUAAAUCUUGAACUAGACUUCAUACAAUUCCGUCCUUUGGUUCAUUUAUUUCUCAACAUGAUGGUGCUCAUUCAUUUCUUUCUUUUUACAUUUCUUUCUGUUCUUUUUUCUCUCUUUGAAAUUUUUACAUGGGACAUAUUUUCUUUUCUUUCAUUCCUCUCUUCUCUUUCAGUGUGUGUAUGUGUAUUGUCUUGUCUCUUCUGAAAAAAAAACUAACAAAAACAUGACAAAAACAGAAAUUGCAAACAAAGAUACUGUUCAUUUAAACCUAAUAGUAAAUAGAAUGGCUGCAAAAAACAACUGAAGGAGGGGGGGAAUACAUAUAUAUAUACUGUAUGUGUAUAUAUAAUUUGAAUGUUUGGGAAGCGACAACACGGAACUCUUCAUGUUCAUCACUGUUCUUUCUCCAGUCCAACCUGCCCAGUCCUUGAAUGCCGCCCCGAGUCCACAUGACCUGUUCUCUGUCCACCCUGCUGAGAUGAUACAGUGUGGGAUCUCACGUUACUUGUGAUGUAUACAUAUAUUAGCUCCCUACAGGACGAACAUAAUUUACAGCCUCCUGCCAUGUUGAUAAACUGAUAUGUAAGGGUAAUAUCUAAGGACAUCGCCCUCGGGUGAUGUCCUCUUCCAGCCUCUUAAUUUCUGCUCCGUGUUCCCAUCAUCUUCUCUCUUGCUGUUCCUCAGUCCAUUUUGUUGUUUCCUUUGCUCACUUUGUCUCGUCUCGUCCCUUCUGGUCUUUCAUCGGUGGGCAUGUGUGUGUGUGUCAGCUUUUUAUUGGGGGGGGGAAAAGCUGAAUGCUUGUGAAGCAUUAACCCUUUAAAUGCCAUCAAACACACAAUGCACAGGCGGUGGCCCUUUAAGACUAACUUGUACUCACUUCAAACCCGCUCCUGCUCACGUGCCAUUGGGUCGUCUCCAUCAUGUACCAGUGCCCGCUCCAUGACUACUGUGGACAAAGAGAUUGUUUGAGAAUUGAUCUGUUGGAUGUUCGGUCCAGUCAUUUUUACAGAGAAGGGAGAAAAAAAAAACACUGUUUGAUGUUGAAAAGCUACCAACCACUGGAGCAAUCAGGCCAAUGUCUAAUGUCAGUGUUCAGUUUUAGUUUUAGGCCCAAAGCCCGCUCAGAUCUAUCAGGUACGACCAAUGAGAGCUUUUGUGUCAUGUCUUUGUGUCAAAUACAGUGCAUUCCCCAUCAUCAUGAUGUACACUUCGUUGAUUGGGAGACCUUAAAGGAGCAGUUUGACAUUUUGGAAAACGUGCUUAUUUCUUGCUGAGAAGAUGGAUACCACUCUCAUGUCUGUACGCUAAAUAUGAGGCUUCAGCCAGCAGCAGGUUAGCUUAGCUUAGCAUAAAGACUGGGGGAAACAGACAUUACACACAAACUAAAAGUGGGAUUGUUGUGACAGUGGAUUGUGCUGCAUGAAGGCAAUUUCUUUCUUGGCCGGGCUCAGUAACUGGAGUCUUGUCAUUAUAGCACAGCACAUAAACCCAUGUUAAACCAUGUUUUUAUACUUUCAUUAAUCUCCCUUAUACCUGUGGAUCGAACUAAUGAGAUCUAAUGUGUUAAUUUGCAAGCUUCAGAAAUGCUGGCAGAAGAAUUUUGGUACUUUCGGACAGAGUCAGGCUAGCUGUUUCCCCAUUUGCAGUCUUUAUGUUAAGCUAACCUAACCUUGUAUGUGUGAAGGCUUCACCUUCACACAUACAAGGGAGGUAUGUUCUAAUUGAACUCUCGGCAUGAGCGUAUUUUACUGAAAAUGUUGAACUAGUGCUUUGAGACAUAUCAUGGUGAAGCUGUCCAACGUAAAUAUGGCAAAACACGCUGCAUGAGCACAACCCGACAACAACAACAACAACAACAAAAAAUGUAAAAAAAAAAAAAAAAACAAAAGUAAAAAAAUCACAGAAAACAUUUGCAUA